AUCAACAAUCAACAAUUUAUAUAAUACGUUUUACACCGCGUGGAAGCUGCCAUUUCAAAAAUGCUGCCCUGGGAGCGUUUCUCGGAAGGGCAUCCAAGUAACUUACCACCAUUUCAAACCCCGCCUGAACAAAUUCCACAUCACAAACCCAAAACGCUGCGUUAGCUCUUUAGUUUUUUAAUUCAGCCACCAAUCUUCCGUUCACGCUGCAAUCCCUAAUCGCCCACCCCCACCAAUUCCACCGCCAACGGAAAUCCCUUCUUCUUUCCCUCUCAAUCGCGGUCGUCAUCGAUUUUGCCCUCAACGGUGUUGCGCCCACCAAGCGGCAACCAGCAACACUCAUUCUGGGGCGACGACGGGAAGCUCAAUUCUACGAACGUCGUCGGCAUCUACAUUCACCGGAACUUGCGUUCUAUACUCUCAAACCCACCGUACACUGAAACCCGCCGCCCGAGUUCGACAUCUCAUUCCUGCCGCUGCUGCAAUCCAAAUUGCAUUCUCAAAAUCGCAUCCUUCCGCAUCCUCCAAAUUCAUACAAGUUCCUGUUACAACUACCCUACCAGCUCAUAAUCCCUUCUUACUCCAGCCUCAUCGUCUUUCAGUCGUUGUUAUGACUACCCUUCCACGCAAUAUGGCCCAAUGGAAACGCCGAGCCAUUUUUCUGCCACCAAAUGGUCCUACUCCUCAACAAGUUGCAGCUGAGCAAGAACGCCUGAAUGAAAAGAUUCAUGUGCUAACUGAGGAACUACACGAGCUUGAUCGUCGCCUACCCAAAAUGGCACGCACUAUCCGCCGAGCCCGGAUGCGCCACCGCUGCACUCAACCGAAUUAUCCCCUUCCUGCCAAUGGCCACAAUGACUUGCUCUCUAGACUGCAAUACAAACGAUCGCGAAUCCUCCGUUCUAUUUUUCUAUGCAACCGGCGUAAGGUGAAUGCCGUACCAAGAGGGUUUUCACGAAAUCAUGGCUUCCCAUCUGUUGAGGCAUACGAAUUAGGUCCACCGUCAUGUACUUGCGUAUUUUGUGGUGCUGUUAUGUGGCCCGAAGAAUGCACUUAUGCAACCAGGAGUCAUACAAAUCCCAAAUUUUCUUUGUGCUGCAAGCAGGGGAAAGUUAAAUUGCCUCCCAGACGUAACCCACCUGAGUUUCUUAAACAAUUACUGGAAUCUGAGAACCCAUUAAGUCGCCAUUUUCGCCAAUUUAUUCGGCAAUAUAAUGGUGUAUUCUGCUUUAUUUCUCUUGGAGGUAAAGUCGAUCGCAAUAUUAAUGAUGGACGUGGUGUCUAUGUCUAUUCUAUCGGCGGUCAGAUCUAUCACAGCAUUGGCAGUUUACUUCCUCCUGAAGGCCAGCCACCGAGGUUUGCACAAUUAUAUAUACAUGAAUCCACAUCGGAAUUGCAGAGUCGCCUCAACGUAUUCUCAUCGGACCAGACUGGGAAUUCAUUGCGUCCAGAAAUAAUUGAAGGCUUACAGGAAAUGUUUGACCAGUACAAUAUAUUGGUGCACACAUUUAGAACGGCUAGAGAAAUACUGUCUGAAGGCAGUGUGCAACAAAUGCAGCUGAAGUUAUUGGCCAAACGCCAACAAGAUGGCCGCGAGUAUGAUUUGCCAACAGCAAAUGAUGUUGCUGCAUUGAUCGUUGAUGAUACGGGUCAAGAUACUUUUGAACCUGACAUUGUCGUUCAGUAUCAGAGCUCUAAACUUGAAAGGGUCAGUUAUUAUCAUCCCUCUUUAAUGGCAUUACAAUAUCCUAUACUAUUCCCUUAUGGUGAAGAUGGAUGGCAUCCAGCCAUUAGUUCUGCCGGUGAUGAAGAUGCUAACCUGUGGAAUGACAAUAAUUUGACUCAAUGUGAUUAUUAUUCUUAUCGCCUUCACACUCGGUUUCAUGAGUCCAGUUCAUUGCUAUUGUCUGGAAAAUUAUUUCAACAAUAUGUGGUAAAUGCUUAUGCAUUAGUUGAAGCAGAGCACCUUGAUUGGAUUAGAAACAACCAGCACAAGUCUUCAUUAUGUUAGCGGCCUGUUGGAUUCUUUCCUUCGUGGUGAUUCAGAUCUAUCUUUGACUGGGAAGCAUGUUAUCUUAGCAGCUUCUCACACUGGUAGUCCGCGCUAUAAGUAUGAGAACUUUCAAGAUGCUAUGGCUAUUUGUCGUUGGUUGGGCUAUCCUGAUUUAUUUAUUACCUUCACAUGCAAUGCCAAUUGGCCUGAAAUACAAUUUAUGGUGGAUCUAAUUAAUACUGAUGGUCGAAAGGAUGUGAAUAGAUCUGAUGUAAUUGCUAGAGUUUUCAAAAUCAAGUUGCAUCAACUGAUGACUGAGAUCAGGGACAAGAAAAUCUUCGGCAACACUGUUGGACGUAAGUCACCCCAAAUGUGUCUUUUUUCCCCUCAAUUUAUUUUGGUUGCGCUAAAUACUUCUCACCCAUAUUUCUUAUUCCUUUCAGAUGUUAUGGCAAUUGAAUUCCAGAAGCGUGGUCUUCCUCAUGCUCAUCUGUUGGUUUUCCUAGCCGUAGAGGAUAAAUUAAGUGGUGCAAAACGGAUUGACUCUGUCAUUUCUGCAGAAAUCCCUAAUCCGAACCUUGACCCAGAAGGUUACCGAGUUGUGACAUCAUAUAUGUUGCAUGGGCCGUGCGGUGCUUUGCGUCGUAACUCACCUUGCAUGGAAUCUGGGUUUGUAGCAAACAUUUUCCCAAACAGUAUUCUGAGCAAACUACUAUUGAUGAGACUGGUUUUGCAAAAUAUCAUCGCCGUGAUACCGGUAUAUCUUUUCAAGUGAAUGAUGUCACUCUGGAUAAUCGUUUCGUUGUCCCAUAUAAUCGAUACCUAUUAUUACGCUUUGAGGCCCAUAUUAAUGUUGAAUUCUGCAACAAAUCCAGGUAUGUAUUCUCUUAUUAUUCUCCCCUGUUCCUGCUUCCGUGGUAUUCGUCAAGGUCCAAAAUUCGUGUGUUAUAGAAUGAUAUACUGAUCAUUAUGGUACUUAUAGUAUUAGAGUAUGCAACUGAAGCUUAUUAUUAUAAAUGCGUCAAGGUCUAAAAUUCGUGUGUUAUAGAAUGAUAUACUGAUCAUUAUGGUACUUAUAGUAUUAGAGUAUGCAGCUCAAGCUUAUUAUUAUAAAGGUGUCAUUUAAAAAAUCCUAUUUUGUAUGACUCUGUUUGGAACCUCAUAAAGCAACUCCAGUUGAGGGGCACGUGUAUACCUUUCAUGUUCUUCCCUUCAUUAUUUUAAUUUUUUUUAUUAAUUAUGUUCUUUCUUUCAUUAUAAAAUGUGCUUUGUUUC